AUGUGCCCAGACUGAUGUCUACAUAGGAAUGGUUGGCCAGAGUCUGGCCCAUGAAGGAGACAUAAGGAAAGGUCUGGCAGUAUACUUCUCCCACAGACCAGCAGACCAUCAUCAGCCAUAGACAUGCCAGCAAAAAAAUGAUUACAUAUCCCACAUAGCUACCAUACUUAGAGAGAUUGAAGUGAAGAUUACUCAGCAAACC